CACGUAUGACUCUUCUCUCUGCUGCCAAAUUUGCUCCAAAGGCCAUCACGCGCUGGGGACAAUGAUGUUGCCGUAGGCCAUGCUUCCCGCGUCAGCAGCCAUCUUUUUCAGCACUCCAGCGGGGAUAGCACCUCACCACCUCCCUACGACUCUCCACUAUAAACCGGACCAUAGUGCUCUGUCCCCCCGCCUGUGACCACGACCCCACCACGCGCAGCCAGACACACUCAAGUCAAGCACCAACAACUCGCCAACCUUACUACUACUCUCCUGCAACAUCCUGCUCCUUCAUCACUCCAAUCUUAUCGCAUAGCCCUCAAACCUCCUAACACCACCAACUUCGAUACCCCUUCAACCUCUAACCUCUAGUGACGUCCCUCCCUUCUCGAUACCGUCACCGUUGCUCCAAAGCUCCUCUAACUGUUGGUUCGUCCCUCAAACGCCCUGCCGCCAAAAAGGACGCUCUGAUAGCUAUCUAUCUUGCGCGUAUCACUUCUCCGGAAUCCUACAUACGAAUAAGAUAAUGAAGAUAGCUACUUUGUUGCUUCCCCGCUGAAAGUCGCCCCGCGCGAUUAGCCUACCAUACCUUGACCGCUGGAGGGACGAGAGGAUACUACACUUGUAUACCAGUUCAUCAUGAAGGAAUUCCCUAAGAAAUUCCUUAGUCGUAGGGAUAAGAAUGGCUCCCACUUUCGCAGCAAAUCACAACCACCGCCGACAGACAAGACUCGGCCUUUAAAGCCCGACGUAUUUUUAUCGUUUUUCAAAAAGGAUGAGCAAAAGGCUAAGGAAGACACUGAAAAGUCAAAAAAUAUCGAAGACAAGAUUGCUGCUAUUCAACGACGACUGGAUGAGCUCAACAUUUCCAACAUAACCCCCGAACAUAUAAAAGACAUCAUGUCGAGCAACUUCGCCUCCGGCGAUCCUGAGCGGACUACCGAAUUUAUCGACAUAGAGCAGAAAGCCGCUUCUGGUGUUAUUGUUCCCUACAAUCCCAACACCACGCUGCUUGGGGCCGAGAACCGUGGCGGCGUCACUUGCUAUAUCGAUUCUCUAUUAUUUGCCAUGUUUUGCAAACUUGAUGCAUUCGAGUGUAUGCUCAAUACAUCAUUCUCUACAGAUGAUCCAAAAGCCAAACUAGUAAAGCUUUUGCGUGUCUGGGUUAAUAUGCUUCGCAGCGGAAAGCUCAUUCACACUGAUUUGACAAAAUUAAUACAAGAUACAUUGGGAGAUUGCGGGUGGCCUGAUGCCAGACUUCUCGAACAACAAGAUACCUCCGAGGCAUUCGCCUUCCUCACAGAAACACUUCAACUACCGCUCCUAUCCCUACAGGUUGACCUCUUCCAUCAAGGCCGACGAGACGACGACGAUCAUAAAGUCGUGUAUGAAAGGCUACUAAACCUAGCUGUUCCACCUGAUCCCGAAGGGAAAGGUAUUAAGCUGGAAGACUGCUUGGAGGAAUACUUCAAUGCCAAAGUUGACGUCCUGCGCGAUAGCGAAGAAAUGAAGAAGUCACUCUCCGAAGACCCUUCAACCGAAGACAGACCUGGUUUGGUUCACAGAAAUACGCUCCGGCUCCUGCGUGACGAGGAGACAGGGGCGACAAGCAUGCUUUCUUCAUCACCAGUGGACAUGUACCCGCUACAACCCUUUCCUACAAAGUCUUCCAUCGCCAGUGUUUCUUCUCACUCAGCGUUUCCUGUGAUUGAGGGAGAGCCAGCCUCAGAUGAAGCCGGUGGUGCAGAUACUAUAACCCGAAAAUAUUCGUCACGGAACCGUUCCGGGAGCGUGAUCCAACGGGUAGUCCUGGACGAAAAUGGCAAACCAACUGACGAGGCGGUAGUAGAUGGCAAGUCUCACAAGCGCAAGGGCUCUAUUGUGGUUAAAGCAAUCACAAUUCCUGCUUGGCAAUUCUUCAGAUUAAUUCCAUGGAACGCUGUCUCGAGCAAUGAACCGCAAAAUGACGUUGACGUAGCGAGAAAGUUCCAACAACGUCCAGUUGUUGGGAUUUGCCUCAAGCGCUACGCCAUGACAGAAUCAGGACAGCCACAGCGACAUAAUACCUUCAUUGAUAUUCCUGAUAGCUUGAGAUUGCCUCAUUUCAUGCUUGGCAACGGACCAAACCUGGAAGCUGACAGCAAUGGUUUGAGCACCGAGUACAAGCUCGUCCUUCAAUCUGUUGUUUGUCAUCGCGGCGACUCCUUACAGAGUGGCCAUUACAUCACAUUUGCGAGGGUAGCACCCAAGCUGCUCAUCGACAACAGACGGCACAACUUCGAUCCUCCACCUGACUAUGAAGAAGCCCAAUGGGUACUCUUCGACGACCUCGAAGAGACACGUGUGACCUACGUUGAUAACUUCAAAGAAGCCCUAAAAGCCGAGAUGCCGUAUCUUCUAUUUUACCAGGUCGUGCCCAUGGUCGACGUUGCCUGCCCUUCGACGGAUGGCACAGCCACGGGUCCUCCUUCAUACCAAGAGUCGAAGCAAAGUAUGGAGCUACAAACAUCAUACAUAACGGAAGGUAGCCUCUCAACACAAAGCAAACCACCUAGUAUUCGCCUGUCCUUUGAGAACGAGCCAGUUCCAGUAAAGCCCUUCCACGAGAGCAACAGCUACACCACCUUUGGCGGGUCCAAUCCAUCCUCUUCUCGUCGCCAGAGUGUUGCUGUCAACGAUUCCAUCCCGGCAACACCAGAGGGCCACUCUCCUGUCAUCCUGCCGUCUGACGACGCCACGCCGUCACGUCUCUCGCGCGCGGCAUCCCGCUUCACUCUCGGCCGAAGCAGUCGACCAACCAGCCAGUCUGGCGAAGGACGCUUGAGUCUCUCGAUGGGCCGCUUUUCAGGACUGAGGAAAGUUAGUAAAGACCCGGUCCCGGAUCAGAGCGAGUCUGUGGCAACCAGUAUCAACACUGCUCCUAGCGAAGCACCAUCGACACAUUCGCAGGAAACUCAGGUGGAUCAAACAAAGAGUAGUACAACCAAGACUGGCAAGGCCAAAGAGAAGGAUCGUAGCAAGGAGAAGACAAAACAGAAACAGACCGGUACCCAGCCCGAGCGAGAGUGUGUCGUCAUGUAAAUGGCACUAAUCGUUAUAAGCUUGGGUAUCCUGGGCUACACAUUUGAUACUGGCGUUAGAUACCAUGAAAUGCAUUACUUUACAUAGAAAUUCUACAACAAGCAGAGUACCAGUUGUCUCUGCUGGUAAAUAUCAUACUAGAUUUUCCAAAACCACACGUGUUUGUAAGAUCGUAGAACAAAAUGCGUAGAUCAUUGAGCCUUUUCUAUAUUGCACCAAGCGUUUUUAAGACCCCGUCGACACAGACCGUUAUAUUGCCUUCGUACACUUUUUUCUCCAUCCAACUAUUCUUGACAAUCAUCUUGUACAAGUCUCCUCCACUUCUUACAGAAACCAAAGUGCAAUUUCCCUUCCUCCGUUUCCUUGUAGACCGGUAGAUGCAAAAUAUUCUCCAGCCAACAAAGAGCUAGGGCUUUGUUAAAACAAAUAAAAAAAGAGUAGGCGAAUUUUUAAUAUACAAAGGCGUAGGCUGCCAACUGAGGCGGAAAGGUCACGCGGUUUUCACGUUCACCCCAGUAGCAGCUAGCCUAUUACAUCGGCUGUUUAAGCCAAAAACACUCCAAAGCUAUCAGCAUCUCCUAAUUUUACACAUGUCGUGCAAGCUUAGAAGGGAAUGUUAGGGGGGGUAGGGGGGCCCAUAGCCUCAGUUUGGUCCUGAAGCUCCUCAGGGGCAGCCUCAAUAGAGACACCAAGGCCGAGCUUGGCCUGCUGCGUGAAGUGAUCAAUGUCGGCGGCGAAGGUCAUCAUGACGGGAGGAGCAACACGCUUCUCGAGCAGACAGCUGAUCUUGCCCUUGGAGUCAACCUGAGCGCGGAAAGUAGACAUGCGGAAGUCGUACUUGGCACCAAUGGUAGUAACACCCUCCUUCUGGAGACCGCCACCCAUCAUGCCACCAGCAGUGGGGACAAGUCCAAGGCUCAUAUCAACACCAGCCUGGACCUUGUCGGAGAGGCGGCGCCAGAAAGUGGUGUUCAAGGUACCCAUGGCAGCCUGGAGCUGAGCAGUAGCGACCCAGUCAGCAGACUUGUAGCGAGCGCAGUAGGAAACAGCACACUCAGGACCCUGGGACAGCGAAGGACGUUGCCAGAGAGUCUCCAUACCAAGAGCAAGCUUGGGGGUAACCGACUGGAGGUAGCUGCCAAUGUAGAUACCGGUCAUGCCACCCUCCAAGAAAGAGGGGUUAAGCAUCUUAAGAGAAGAGGAGAAGUCGUCGCCUGUGUAUUCGUGCUCGAACUGAGCCAUGUCCUGGCCGCCGGGAGAAAUGGAGAGCUGCGCCUUGGAAACAAGCUUAUCGGUCCAUCGGAAGUUGAAGCGGCCGGAAAGGGAGCCUUCGUUGUCGACGUUGCCCUGGCAGAAGACCUAUUGAUGCAAAAGUUAGUAUUGCGCAUGCAAAGUGCCUCGUUAGACAGGGGAAUACUCACAGAUGAGGUGCCGUACAUGGCGGCAAAGGUAUAGGGGUUAAUGCGCUCACCCAUGGCAAACUGGUGAGAAACCUGGAAGAGAGGAGCCAUGCUGAAGACCUUGGUCAGGUCGGCACGGAUGCCAGUGAACAUGAAGUUGUUGAGGGAGACAUCGCGCUGGACCUCUCUGGCAAGAGUCUCUAUCGUUCCGGGGUUGGAAAGGCCAAGCUUGGCUCUGCGCUCCGAGAAGGAGUUGAGGGCAUCACCGAGCGCAGCGGCAAGGGGGUUGCUGAAGACGGCCGAUCGGAGGGAGUCGGUCAUGGUAGCCAUGGUGCUGUUGUGCGAAGGCUGGCUUCGAAGGUUGUCGAAAGGGGAGGAAUUAAGGUGGAAAUAUCAACAACCGAUGUGUCCGUUGCGCGUUAGUGAGGGAUCAAUUAAAAAUAAACAAUCCAGGAAGGGCUGCGGCAAUGAACCGAUUAAGAAAAGAAUUGGUGAUACAGAUGAAAAGAAACUCCCGCGGAAAGAGAGAUAUGAGAUGCGACGCCAGAAAAACGUGAUGCAGUCGGCGAGAUGCUGGGGAGAGGUUUUAGGAGAAUAAUUUUCAGUUGCGCCCCCAGCUCAGC